AUCCGGCACUCCUCGCCUGGCCGCACCCGUCCGGUGUGAACCUGUGCGGUUGUGCGUGAGAGGGCGUUUAGCGAGUAUUUAUGCAUACGUUUUCAUCUGCUGGAACUAGGGUCUCUUGCAACUUGGGCAGUCCUUGUUGUUAAGUUUUGUAACGUCUUUUAGAAACCUGUCCCGCUGCAAUCAUGACUGGUCGUCUCCCAGCUUGCGUGAUCGACAAUGGAACCGGGUACACAAAGCUGGGCUUCGCCGGCAACAAGGAGCCGCAGUUCAUCAUGCCGUCGGCGAUCGCCAUUCGCGAGUCGGCGCGCAUCGGCGACCAGGCGGCGCGCCGGCUCGGCAAGGGUGUCGAGGACCUCGACUUCUUCAUCGGCGACGAGGCGUUCGACGCCACCGGCUACGCCGUCAAGUACCCGGUCCGCCACGGCAUCAUCGAGGAUUGGGACCUGAUGGAGCGCUUCUGGGAGCAGUCCAUCUUCAAGUACCUGCGUGCCGAGCCGGAAGACCAUUACUUCCUGCUGACGGAGCCGCCGCUCAACCCGCCCGAGAACCGCGAGUACACGGCAGAGAUCAUGUUCGAAUCGUUCAACGUGCCGGGCCUGUACAUCGCGGUGCAGGCGGUGCUGGCGCUGGCCGCCUCCUGGACGAGCCGGCAGGUGGGCGACCGCACCCUGACAGGCACCGUCAUCGACAGCGGCGACGGCGUCACCCACGUCAUCCCCGUGGCGGAGGGGUACGUGAUCGGCAGCUGCAUCAAGCAUAUCCCGAUCGCUGGCCGCAACAUCACCUACUUCAUCCAGUCGCUGCUGCGCGAGCGUGAGGUGGGCGUGCCGCCCGAGCAGUCGCUCGAGACGGCCAAGGCCAUCAAGGAGAGGUACUCCUACAUAUGUCCAGACAUUGCAAAAGAGUUCGCCAAGUACGACUCUGACCCGUCUAAGUGGAUCCGGCAGUACCAGGGCGUCAACUCGGUGACCAAGCAGCCGUUCGAGGUGGACGUCGGCUACGAGCGCUUCCUGGGGCCCGAGAUCUUCUUCCACCCGGAGUUCGCCAACCCGGACUUCACCACGCCGAUCUCGGAGAUCGUGGACAACGUGAUCCAGAGCUGCCCGAUUGACGUGCGCCGGCCGCUGUACAAGAACAUCGUGCUCUCGGGCGGCAGCACCAUGUUCCGCGACUUCAGCCGCCGCCUGCAGCGUGACGUGAAGCGCCAGGUGGACGUACGCCUCAAGCGCAGCGAGGCGCUCAGCCAGGGACGCAUCACGCCGAAGCCGAUGGACGUGCAGGUGAUCUCGCACCACAUGCAGCGCUACGCCGUCUGGUUCGGCGGCAGCAUGCUUGCCUCAACGCCGGAGUUCUACCAGGUGUGCCACACCAAGGCGCAGUACGAGGAGUACGGACCCAGCAUCUGCCGGCACAACCCGGUGUUCGGCACCAUGUCGUGAGCUGGGCCGCUCGCGAGACCAGCACCUCUGCUGAGGAGAGACCGGCGCCGCUGCGCGCCAUGAUAAGCUCACACGCGAAUUCCUUUUCUUACGAUUUGUAGCGGUUCUCUGUCGCGCGCGUGAGACGCCAUUCCAUCUCGGUUCCGCGCCGGGCGGGGUGUGGCCGCGGCAAAGACGGGGAGCUGGCGGACUGCGCGCGUCGCGUGUAGCAGCGGUGUGAGAAGUGCGGGCCAAAUCAGUGCUUUGUUGUUAAUUUGGAUAUCAGCCGCCCGCGUGUGAUUUGAAUAUUUAAAUGAAUACAUUAUCCCUGUAUU